CAGACAGUCAUUCAGUCAGUUGGUCAGCCAGUCAGUCAGACGCUGGGUAAAGUGGAAGUCGGCUGCAGUGGCGUGAUCGUGUCCCCAGAAUAAGCGAGAGAGAAAUGAAAGAGCCAGCAGAGGAAUUGUCCAGCAAGCCUUUCACGGCUCAGCUGUCCAACGUCUAUCUGAGCAUCCUGGCUCUCUUCUGUUUUAAACUCUUCAUUAAAAUCUCUCUGAACCUGCUUGCUUAUUUCUACAUCAUCCGAGGAAAUCGGAAGGAGGCGGCCCGGAUAUCCGCCGAGUUCUACGACUACGGACAACACAGCUCCUGGGCAGACCGCUCACCCCUCCAUGAUGCUGCAGCUCAAGGUCGUCUGUUGGCCCUCAGGAGCCUCAUUUCACAGGGUCACAACGUGAAUGUUUUAACUAUCGAUCACGUGACGCCGCUGCAUGAGGCCACGCUGGGCGACCACAUCGCCUGCGCCAGAGUGCUCAUCGAUGCAGGCGCAAACGUAAAUGCCUGUACUAUCGAUGGUGUCACCCCGCUGUUUAACGCGUGCACAGUCGGCAGUGUGCCAUGCACGGAGGUCCUCUUGGAAAAUGGAGCAAAGCCACAGGCGCCAAUUUACCAUCCCUCUCCCAUACAUGAAGCUGCCAGCAAAGGUCACAGUGGUUGUGUAGCUGCUCUGGUGACUUGGGGAGCAGAUGUGGAUCUGGAUAUUCCUCAUCUGGGAACAGCGCUGUACACCGCCUGCAUCUGCCAAGAGCUGGAAUGUGCUAGAAAACUCCUCAGAGAAGGGGCAGAUGUGCAGAAAGGGAGGUCUCUGGACUCUCCACUACAUGCGGCGGCUCAGAGAGACUGCACGGCGGUGGUCAAGCUCCUGCUGGACUUUGGCGCUGACGUUAACGCCAGAGACCUGGACUUCCACAGACCGGUGGACGUGGCUCCACCCGGCAGCCUGACAGCGGGCUUUCUUCUUCUGUAUGAAGCGACUCCUCGGGUGCUGAGCCAGUUGUGUCGUCAGGCCAUCCGAACCUGUGUUGGUCCAGGAAGACUUCAUCUGCUGUCCCACCUGCCGCUGCCCAACGUACUCACAAACUACCUGCAGUACAGAUGACCACACCUGCAAACCAGCUGCCUGUCUGUCUACAUGUCUACCUGUACUGUCUGUCUUCAUGUCUGUCUGUCUGUACGAAUGCAACACAAACCCAUCUCAGCCCAUCGACCCGUCCUUUGUUUUAAAGCAAAGAAUUAAACAAGCUGUAGAGGAGCAGCUCACUUGUGACGGAUGGGGGUGGGAUAGUGUAAUAAAGUGUGAUAUCAAAUAUAAGUAUAAUAGCACAUAAGAAUGGAUGAUGAAGACGCUUGUUGAAAUGAAGAAGGAUGAAAUAACAAUAAAUAAAUAUAAAUAC